CCCGAACCAGAAAACCAAGAAGUAGAGACUGAAGACACUUCUUAAACGAAAGCACUUCCUUUUUCGCUUUUUAAAACAUGCUGUUCGUGUACUACUACUGUAUUUACACAGGAUCGCUCCUAACGUCAACUCCUUCUGAGUGAUGAACCUUGACACUGCAGUGGCAAAUUCGGCUGAUUAUAACUGGACUUUUCAGGUUCAUGCUGGGAUUAGUUCAGAUUAGUAAUGGUGGAAGCGGAUGGUUGUAAUUCUUCUUUGACAGCAAUUAGGCUUUCGCGUGUUUCCCUCGUGGACGACCUGGAAGGGAGGAUUGACUCUCUGCUAGAGAUCAUGGUGAGUCAGGAAGUGUUCACUCGUGAUGACCGUGAGGAGGUGUUGUGUCGGCUGGGGCCCCGGGCCAGAGUACGAAAGGUGUUGGAUAUCCUGGGGUGCAAAGGCGAAGAAGCAGCCAGGAUUUUUCUCUCCGUCAUCCGUCAUCAUCAGCAGGAGUCCGAGGUGCACAUUAAAGAGGGCAACGCGCAUCAGGCUCCUUCUGUGGACUACAACAAUGUGAAGCAGAAGCACAGAGACAUCCUGAGGCGCAGGAGUGAGAGCAUGCUCUCCUGCAACAGUCGGCACGGAGAGAAACUCCUCUUUUCUGAACAUUACGUCAACCUUCUGCUUGUGGAGGGACACCAGGGCCUGGAGCUCAAAAGACACGAGGUGCUGACGUUCGGACAAAGGCGGCUGUCUCUGCAGCAGAACUCGGCCGCGCACAGGAAAAUCACACCGGCCCAGCUCUUUUCAGGCCCAAGCGGAAAGCAUCCGGUCAGGAAGGUUCUGGUGACCGGCGUGGCCGGUAUCGGCAAAACCAUUCUGGUCCAGAAGAUGCUGUUUGAUUUUGGCAGAAACCGAGGACAUCCGGCGUUUGAUUUCGUGAUCCACAUGUCUUUCAGAGACCUGAACCUGAUCGACAAACCCACGAGCUUCCAGCAGCUGGUCCUGCGUAAGAACAGACACCUUGCUAAGGAGCUGGAUCACAUUUUGGCAAACGAUAAGAAGCUGCUGAUCAUCUUGGACGGCUUCGAUGAAUUCAGACACUACAGGAGCUGUGACUUGGACGUGUUUGUGACUGAGCCGGAUGAGGACGCGGAGCUGGUUGAGGUCAUCGGGAGUCUGAUGCUGGGUGAGCUGCUCCCCAACGCGUCCGUCGUGCUCACCAGUCGACCGGCAGCGAUAAACCACAUCCCCGUGGGCUGCGUCGACCGCUUCGUGCUCAUCACCGGCUUCUCCUUGGACGAGGUGCAAGACUUCUUCCUGCGUUACUUCCAGGACAGCGGCCUCGCCGGCAGGAUGUUCGCCGUCGUAUCGUCAAAUGAACUGAUGCUGACGCUGUGCUACAUCCCUGCAUUCUGCCACAUCGUGUGCUGUAUCCUCAAAGAGAGCACGAAUCUCGGCAAAGACGUUCCCAAGACCAUGACCGAUAUCUACGUGCAGUACCUCGUGGCCUUGCUUCGCUCUCACACUCAGGCUAGAGCUGGAGCCGGUCCGGCGCCGGGUCCGGGCGCCGCGGGGCAGCUGUCGGACACAGUGCUGAAGCUGGGUCGACUGGCCUUCCAGAAGCUGAUGGAGCAUCAGACCCUGUUCUACAGCAGCGACCCAGACGUGGCGGCGCUGGAGGGAUGCGGCCUCGUGAGCACCUUCCUGGACAAGACGGUCGCACAGGAGCCCGGCUGCACGGAGGACGUCUACUCCUUCGCGCACCUCACGGUCCAGGAGUUCUUUGCUGCUUUGUACUGUGCAGUGACUGAUCACCCUUUGCCCGACGCACUGAAGCACACGGAGAGCCCUGAGAAGCACACAAGCAGUGGGCAUUUGGACCUUUUCAACCGCUUCCUGUCUGGGAUCCUGUCCGAACGCAACAUCGGCCUCCUGUCGAGGCAGGUGGGGCUGUGCUGCAGCAGAGACAAGGUGGACGCCUACGUCCAGAAGAUCAGCCGAGAGCUUACGAUGCUGUGUGACAACGGGGCCCACAUCCUCAACCAUCUACACUGCCUCUUUGAGCAACAGAACCCCUCCUUAGUAGACGCUGUGCAACCAGCCAUGCUCAGGAUUAACGUGAGCGACGAAACGCUCGCUCAGAUGGAUUAUAAUGCCAUUAAGUAUUUCCUGAACCUCUCAAUGGGUAAAAUCUCAGAGCUGGAUCUGACGGGGACUGGAAUAAGCUGCGAGGCACUGAGUGACCUCCAGCCCCUGCUGCUGAGAUGUGAGCGUCUUUGGCUCGGAGAAAACAACCUCACUAUGGACUCAGUUCAAGUCGUCGCUGAUGUUCUGCGAGAGUCUGAAAACUUAACCCAACUAGGCAUUGGAUGGUCAAAUGUUGGUGACGAUGAACUCUUGGUUAUGUCCACUGCCAUACGAAUGAAGAAUAAGCUUGAAGACUUAUGGAUGGAGGGAAACCACGUGACCAACAAAGGUCUGCAGUCACUCAAGGACUUGAUCUCACUGAAAAAAGUUGUAGCCAUAUGGAACAACCUGACUGACACAGAGUCCUUGUGCACCCAACAAAACAUUACUGUGAGCUUCACGGACAGCGACAUGUGGGGAGACUGGGGCACCUGGGUCCUCAAACGGUGUGAGGUCAGCAGCAACGAGAAGCUAGUGAAGGUUCUGCACAAAGUGUGCAACGUGUCGGUCCACUGCCUGGAAACCCAGUGGGCCGUGAGCUUUUACAAGGAGCUGUCAAAGCUGGUCAAGCACAGGAUCGAGCUCUGCACUGAAGAUGAUAUAUGCAGGAAACUCCAGUGGUUCGAGAGCAUUUUGAACCUAAAAUAAUACAGAUAUUUUGUUGUGGACAAUGGGUGGAGCGGCACUAAAGCACUUUUUAUUUAUAACUUAUCAUGUAUAAUCAUCUAGUAGUUUAAAGAUGAUGAAGGCAUUGUGUCUCAGCAGGUCAAAACCACGCAAUGGAAGAACGGGUUUAAUAUCUAAUUUUUGUUGACGGGAUAAACAAUUGAUAUAGUACUAAAAACCUAUUAAAUGAAAUAAGACUUAAAAUAACAUUUCACAAAACAAAAACAGUAAUUGGCCCGUACGGGGAUCGAACCCGCGACCUUGGCGUUAUUAGCACCACGCUCUAACCAACUGAGCUAACCGGCCAUGCUUCCCUGUCGCUAUACACCAAAUUUACACAAAGACCUAUAUUUCACCGCGACUGUGAUGUAUGUGUGCUUCUGGUUUGAUGCUUCAGAAUAAAUUAUUUUUCUGUCUGUAAAAAGUGUGUCAUGCCAACAGUUUUCUUGUUAAUCAUGUUUUUCUUGUUUGUUGUCAACAAAUAAACUAAAACGGACUUAUCUGUU